CACAUCCCAGGCCUCGUCUCGACCGCUACGGACCUCGCACGUACCUCUCCGCUCCGCCACGCCGCCCCAUCGCAGCACCCCGCUGCUGCUGCCACUGCUGCUCCGUCAGUGACUGCGCCGUCCAUGGGCUUUGUCCCGCAACCGUUCACGUCGCUGCGGGACUCGUGUUUCCCAUGGGCUAGCCACGAGUAGAUGUAGCAACACCGUUCGGGGAGGAUGACCCUGCGCAAUACCACCUCUUCCUCGGACCGCCAUGGCUCGACUGGCGCUGAAUCGACGCGUUCCACCGAUACCGUCAGAGGCCCGUUUGGCAGCUUCUCCACCGUGCGGAGCCAGCCGCCGAAGUUGCAUACCAGGCGCGAGAAACUCGAACGGCAAGACUCCGAGGUCUCACCUUUAACCAUUCCCAAACCUCAGCCGGGCAACGCACGCGCGAAUAGCAUUGCACCAUGGGAAUCCGACUCAUCAUCGCCCUCCAGGUCAGCAGACAACUCGGGCAGCACACCUGCUCUGCGCCAACACCCACCGACCGCUCAGGCAAUGGCCUGGAGCAAUAGCAAUGACAACCACAACACGGCCAUGCCGCAGUCCAUCUUCACCGGCAGCUUCUACAACGACAGCAAUGAGAACCUCAGCCAGAUAUCGCCGGGCUACGCGCCGGCCAACGGCAUGUACUUUCCCGAUGGUGAAGACCGAAGGCCGUCGAUAGCGAGUGCGACCACAAUAUCUUCCACGGGCUCCAAGGCGAGCGUACGGGAUCGCAUGCAGAAGAAGCUGCAGGGGUUCUUUGGCGAGGCAGAUGUGCCCAUUGGUACAGAGAGUCGUCAGAAUUCAGAGGCGAGCUCGGUGCAGAAUGGGCCUCUCCCUCCCUUUGCGCCGGGCGCGAGCGCAGGGCGGAACCGCAACAACUCGAUGAACGAUGCCAUGAUGCGCAGCGGCUUACCGAGCCCGGGCUCAAGACCGCGAACACCCGGGCCUCAGCCGUCAAGUGAGGUCACUCCAUGGGUGUUCCAAGAUCCAGAGAAUGCGCCACCUGCGCCUGAGUCGAACUUUCCACCCGAGAGCAAUGGUCGUAAGGCUUCGCGAUUGCACUUGCCUGGACAUAAGCAUAAUCGGAGUACUGACGAUAAAGGCUAUGGCUUCCCGCUGCGACCUUCGACGUCCCGUGAGCAAUCCUUCAGUUUUAUGCGCGCCGGCACCAAUGCUUCGAACCCGAUGAGCUCAGCGCUCAAUCUCAAAUCCGCUCGUUCCACCAGUCCUGCACCGAGUGCACAUAGCGCUGUAGGCAGCUCCGCGACCCGAUCCCCCAACGCUGGAGGCCACAAACGGUCACUAUUGGAUCGUGUCACUGGCCGACAUAAAGGGGAUAAGGAAAAUCUGCAGUCGCAGUCCUUCACAUCUCUGCCUGGAAUGCAGAAGAUACCGACACGCGAACGAGCAGAGAGCAGGGUCAAGGGCGGAAAAGGCAAAGCAGAUGCGACCAAUGGCGGACUCAUACAAAAGAAGGGCCCGCGAUUGCCCUUCAAGAGCAACAAGACAGCAGAAACGAAUGUGGAACAGGCGAGGCCGGUCAAGGACCCAAAUGAAUCACAUGCAGAAGCAGGAGAUGCUUUGUGGCAUCUGGACACCGAUAUAUCGCACAUGGAGGGUAUCAUAGAUCCUAUGAAUCCUCCAGUGAACUCGCCGCACAACGAGAUCUACGCUGGAUGGCCGCCCGAGGAAGCUCCGCCAGAACCGGACGACAAAGGUGCCUGGGACGCGCCUGACUCCUGGGCGGUGCAGAAAGUUGCAGACGAGAACAUGCGCAGGCUCACAGAACUCGACGACGAAGGUGAUGUGAGGAGAGAUGACUCGGGACCAAUGUUUUUCAUGCGAAUAUUCCGCGCUGAUAGCACGUUUGCCGUCAUAUCUGCCAGUCUCAAUACCACUGCUGCAGAACUGAUAUCAAUGAUGGCCAAGAAAACAUUCCUCCAGGAUGAAUUGGACAAAUACCAGAUCGUGAUGCGGAAACAGGACACGAGCCGACAAUUAGGCUCUGGUGAGCGACCCCUGGUUAUGCAGAAGAGACUACUUGAGCAGGUCGGCUACCAGGAGAAGGACCACCUAGAGGACCUGGGGCGGGAAGAUCAUGGCUAUCUGUGCCGUUUCACUUUCUUGCCUUCCAAGAUGAGCGGCUACAGUAGUCUCGAGCGCGAUCCUGGAUUCAACAAGAUGCAACGAUUCAAUCACAUCGAUCUGUCUGGACGAAAUUUGAUCACAAUACCGAUCACGCUCUACCAGAAAUCCACGGAGAUCAUCACACUCAACCUUUCACGAAAUCUCACUCUUGACAUUCCGAAGGACUUUGUGCAAAGCUGCACGAACCUUCGGGAGAUCAAAUACACGAGUAACGAGGCCUGGAAGUUGCCCCCUAGCUUGGCGCUGGCCUACAAGCUCACCACGCUCGAUGUAUCAAACAACAAGCUGGAAUCGCUGGAACACGCAGAGCUCUACAAGUUGCAGAACCUGCUGAGUCUGAAGCUGUCAAACAACAAGAUCACGGCGAUACCGACCUACUUUGGCCAGUACCGAGCAUUGCGUAGUCUGAACUUAUCGUCCAACUCGCUUUCUGAAUUUCCACCUGCACUCUGUGAGCUCACGACACUGGUCGACCUGGAUAUCAGUUUCAACUCGAUAUCAACAUUGGGCGACAUCCAUACCUUGACAAACCUCGAGCGGCUUUGGGCUACCAACAAUAAGCUGUCAGGACCGUUUGACAAGUCUUUCAGCGCACUAGUGAACUUGCGCGAGAUUGAUGCUCGUUUCAAUCACAUAAGCAACAUUGAUAUUGUGUCGCAACUGCCGAAGCUGGAAGCAUUGAUGCUGGGGCACAACAGCGUGUCGCAGUUCGAGGGCUCAUUCCAAUGCUUGAAAGUGUUGUUCUUGAAUCAUAACCCGGUCACGAACUUUGACCUGAACGCACCGGUACCGACCCUGUCAGUUCUGAAUCUGGCAUCGGCCAAGUUAGCUCGUCUGCCAGAUGCACUCUUCAUGAAAAUGUCCGGGCUCACCAAGCUUACGAUCAGCAAGAACCAUUUCGUGUCGCUCUCACCACAUUUCGGAAUGCUGUCCAAAUUAGAAUAUUUGAGCAUUGCCAAGAAUGAGCUGAGCAGACUACCUGCGGAGAUAGGGCGUUUGAACGAACUGCGCUAUCUCGACGUGAGAGAGAACAACCUGAGCAUGCUACCGCCGGAGAUCUGGUACGCAAAGCGAUUGGAAACACUGAAUGUCUCGUCCAACGUACUAGCGGACUUUCCGAAACCAGGGGCUCCUCCUCCAGCACUGCCAGACGGACCGCUUGCGGUGACGCCUAGUCAGAUGCCAAACGCCCACAGUCCUGACUUCGAGGAACUGGGCAAGUUGGAAGACUUCCAACUACGACGGCCGAGCCAGGCCUCGGGAAUGCUAAGCACAGCCAGCUCUCCAGGCACACAAUCACGCAAAGGAUCGGUGGUAUCAGCCUACUCAGGCAAGGCCAUGCUUGGGCGGACAAGCACUACGAGCAGCACUGCGACCCUCACAGCAGGAACAGGCGGUGGGCGGAAAGACUCGACGUUGUCUCAUAGGUUGGCAUCGACGUUUUCCACCUCCCUUCGACAUCUCUUCCUGGCUGACAAUCGUUUGGAGGACGAUGUCUUCAAUGAGCUGGUUUUGCUCCCUGAACUUCGCAUAUUGAAUCUGUCGUACAACCAGUUGUACGACGUCCCGCCGCGAACGAUUCGCAAGUGGACCCAUCUCACCGAGCUCUACCUGUCCGGCAAUGACCUGACAUCGAUCCCGUCAGAAGACCUCGAGGAAGGCUCGUCGCUUAAGGUCCUACACAUCAACAACAACAAAUUCCAAGUACUGCCUGCAGAACUUGGCAAGAUUCAGCGACUCGCGAUUCUUGAUGUUGGUAGCAACAUGCUCAAGUACAAUGUCUCCAACUGGCCAUACGACUGGAACUGGAACUGGAAUCGUCAGCUUCGAUAUCUGAAUUUGUCAGGUAACAAACGUUUGGAGAUAAAGCCGAGUGCGCAAUCACUCAGUGGGCGUGAUCAACGCGAUUUGACCGAUUUCUCUUCACUGAUCAAUCUCCGCAUUCUGGGCUUGAUGGACGUGACACUCACUAUUCCUUCGGUACCAGAUCAAGCUGCAGAUAGACGUGUACGACUCGCAGGAUCUGUCAUUGGCAACACCAUGCCUUAUGGUAUGGCAGAUACACUUGGACGGAACGAGCACUUGUCGACAUUGGAUCUGGUUGUUCCUCGGUUCAGAGGGCACGAAGACGAAGCACUUGUUGGCAUGUUUGACGGGCAGUCACUGUCCUCAGGUGGUAGCAAAGUCGCGAAGUUUCUGCAGGAGAAGUUCAAGCACUACUUCAUCGAGGAGCUUGAGAAAAUUGACAGCGAAAAUGAAACGGCCCUCGAUGCACUUCGUCGCACCUACCUCGGACUCAAUAAGGAGCUAGCUGCUGCCGCGACACAAGCAAUGGAUGCCCGCGAGCAUCCCAGCAGUGCGAUCGUGCAUCGUGGUAGCGUUACUGGACCAGAUCUCGGCGACGAUGAUAUCUUGUCAGGGUGCACCGCUACAGUGAUGUACCUUCAUGGUAUGGAGCUGUACAUUUCCAAUGUCGGAGAUGCGCAGUGUCUACUUAUCCAGUCUGAAGGAGGCCACAAACCCAUCACAACGAAGCAUGACCCAGCCGAAGCCAAUGAGCGCAAUCGCAUCAGAGAAGCUGGUGGCUAUGUGUCAAGACAAGGCAAGCUUAAUGACCAGCUCGAAGUCUCCCGCGCCUUUGGAUACGUGCACCUAGCACCAUGUGUUAUUGCGGCGCCAGCACUGAGCAAGAUUGACAUCAGAGAACAGGACGAAAUGAUCCUGUUGGCCUCUCGGGAACUAUGGGACUAUCUCACACCAGACUUUGCUGUCGAUGUUGCAAGACAAGAGCGUGGCGACCUUAUGAGGGCAGCGCAGAAGCUUCGCGAUCUUGCAAUCGCCUUUGGCGCCACGGGCAAGAUCAUGGUCAUGAUGGUGGGUGUCAGCGACCUCCGGAAGCGAGAGAAAGCUCGUUUCCGCACCCACAGCAUGAGCAUGGGUCCUUCAGGCUCGCCAGACGACUACUUCACGACAGUGCGGAAGGCGAAGCGUGGCCGAGAUGCUGUGGGCGACUCAAAGCUCGCUCGUCUGGAUCAAGAAGUCGAGGCUCCGACGGGAGACGUCACUCUCGUCUUCACGGAUAUCAAGAACAGCACGAUAUUAUGGGAGACAUAUCCCAUUGCGAUGCAGUCUGCGAUCAAGAUGCACAACGAGGUCAUGCGCCGUCAUCUGAGAAUCAUUGGAGGCUACGAAGUGAAGACCGAAGGUGACGCCUUCAUGGUGGCCUUCCCGACAGUGACCAGCGCGCUGCUGUGGUGCUUCACGAUUCAAAGCCAGCUUCUUGACGUGCAAUGGCCGCAAGAGAUCCUCAACAGUGUUCACGGAGAAGAGAUGCAGGAUGCGGAUGGCAACGUGAUCUUCCGAGGCCUGAGUGUUCGUAUGGGCAUUCACUGGGGACGACCAGUGUGCGAGAUCGAUCCGGUCACGAAGCGUAUGGAUUACUUUGGACCCAUGGUCAACCGCGCAGCUCGUAUCGAAAGUGUCGCCGAUGGUGGGCAGAUCUGUGUGUCAUCGGACUUCAUUCAGGAAGUGCAGAGGAUGCUGGAAAGCCACAUCGAAACCGAUCGGAGUGGCUCCACUGGCUCUGAGGAUACCCUUAGCGAUGAUAUGCUCAGCCAGACCAUCCGUCGUGAGCUCCGAUCGCUGAGCAGCCAAGGGUUCGAGGUCAAGGAUCUUGGCCAACGAACGCUGAAGGGUCUUGAAAACCCGGAAUACAUCUACUUGAUGUACCCUCACUCACUCGCGUCACGAUUGGUCGUGCAGCAGCAGAAGGCUGAGGCCGAAUCACGAGCGGCUCAGGAGAGCGCCAUUGAAGCGAAGAAGACACGCAACAGCCAGCUCACGAUUGACACGGAUAAUGUUUGGGACUUGUGGAACGUGUCCUUGCGACUGGAAAUGCUCUGCAGUUCUCUCGAGAGUACAGGCAUUGGUAGCCUCAAACCUCCUGAGACGGCUCUUUUGGAGAAGAUCAAGCAUGGCGGAGGUGAAAUUACUGAUCGGUUCUUGGUCAAUUUUGUUGAGCACCAGAUCAGUAGAAUUGAGACCUGCAUCUCGACGCUCGCCAUCCGCAACAUGAUCCGGCCAUUCAAGAACGGCGUCCUCAGCCAGGCUUGUCCCAUGUCGGAGAUCUUGGCCGAACUUGCCGGCCAGCUGGAUGAGUUCAAGGUCUUGAAGGCCGCACAGGGAGAUGUCGAAAUGGCCGACGCAUAAUUCGCAAAGCUGCUCAGUGUGGUUGUGACAGCAGCGAAUUGGGGAUGUUAUACGUACACAGAGAUGACACGCUCAUGACUUCAACUUGGGGAACACAAAUGAUGACAUAACAGAGGGAGAGAGCAGUAAUAAUUUUGAGUUUGAUUUCUGGACGCUUACGGGACGCCUUGCCUGGGACGCUAUCAGUCAGCCUGGACGCGGUAACAUUGGAUCUCUUGCGCAUGCACGGCAGGGAAACGGAAUGGAAAUGGAACUUGGAACUGGAAAGGAUGUCAAGGUAUACUUACAACAUUGGUCUCAAGGGCGUCGGAGGGAUCUUUGGGACCUGAGACUACUAUCGAAGGAGUGUCAUGACAGUGUAUUCUUUACCUUUCCACCACACACUUUCAGGGGUGAAGGGCUCGAUAUCAUCACCUGGGAAAUCGAGAACAGUGGGAAUUCAGGACUGUUGUUUGUUGUUCUCGUUCAUCGAAUGGGGUGGCUUUCGUGGGGUCCAUGUGUCGUCGCUUUCUUUUUGUCUGUUCUGAUGGUCGAGCAGCAAUGGGAAGAAUGGGGCCCUACACAUGUGAUGAAUUUUAUCUGUCUGUAUAUGAUGGCGUUCAAGCGAGCGAUGCUACGCUAGCUAGCUGAUGUUGGUAGUUCGGCAUGCGAAGAAUACGAAUGAAUGUUGAGUGAAGCUGUUCGACUCCGACUGGGAUACACAUGCCUUCUACCUUCGAUGCCCGGCU